AUGGGCAUCACUGACUUCUCCAACCCCAAGGAGGACGGCGCCUACAAGCGCCAGGUCUCGUCGUUCCGUCACCACAUCGAGAAGGACGGAAAGUUCCCUCCAGAGAAGGGACGCUACCACCUCUAUGUCUCAUAUGCAUGCCCGUGGGCGCACCGUGCACUGAUCGUGCGCAAGCUCAAAGGUCUUGACGACUUUAUUGACUUCUCCGUUGUUCACCCUCACCUCCUUGAGGGCGGAUGGCACUUCGUGCCUGCGUCCAUGGAGAACGACCCGCCCGCCGAAUGGGGCGCGCACAGCGACGAAACGUUCCCCGGCUCGACCAUCGACAAGCUCUUCAAGUUUGACCACCUCUCGCAGGUCUACUUUAAGGCUGAGCCUGACUACACCGCGCGCUACACUGUGCCGGUCCUAUUUGACAAGAAGGACGGUACCAUCGUGUCAAACGAGAGCUCUGAGAUCAUUCGCGACCUCACGCAGGCAUUCGACGACCUCCUCCCCGCCGGCAAGGCCAAGGACCUCGACCUGUACCCUGAGGAGUUGCGGGCUGAGAUUGAUGCCCUUAACGAGUGGGUAUACGACGGCAUCAACAACGGCGUGUACAAGAGCGGCUUUGCUAGCACCCAGGAGGCGUAUGACAAUGCCGUCAAGGUGCUCGUCGAGAGCCUCGACCGCGUCGAGGGCAUCCUGGCCGACGGCCGCGAGUUCCUCAUUGGCGGCCGCCUCACCGAGGCCGAUGUCCGUCUAUUCACCACCAUCAUCCGCUACGACCCUGUCUACUACGUCCACUUCAAGUGCAACUGGGGCAUGAUCCGCCACGACUACCCCCACCUCCACCGCUGGGUCCGCAACCUGUACUGGAACUACCCUGCGUUCAAGGAGACGACACACUUUGACCACAUCCGCUCGCACUACUUCUUCAGCCACAAGCAGAUCAACCCGUUCCGCAUCGUGCCUUACGGGCCCAACGUCAACAUCGAGCCCCUGGACAGCGAUGGCAAGCGCAAGGCUGAGGUCGAGGCCGGUAACGCUGCCAAGGUUGCGCGGCCGUAA